UUCUUCCGACGCCUGUCCCUGAGUGAGCAGAGAGAGCGGGCGAGAAGCGAGCGAAGCGCAAGGAGGGGCGACUGAAUAGGCCUUGCUUGCCGGCCGCGACACUCUCUUCCUACCUACUGUACCUACCACCUGACCCUCUCACCGGCCGGGAGAAAGACACCGCACACCUUGCUUGCUUGGCUGCUGCCAUACGCAUGCCUGGCCGACCAGUGCAACCUUCAAGAAACGAAACAGCGCCGUUUGACAUUCAUUGCCCACGAACACCUCAUCUUCGACCACGCGACGACGUGGACCGCCUCGCCACAUAGCUAAUUGCAGGCUGCACGGGCACGAGCGGUUUGCCUCGAGCGCACGAAACACGAGAGGCAUCCUGAAACCAGCCUUUGCCCACGCGACAGCCGAUUACGACUUCGCGAAUCAUCUUAUCGGUGCCGUCUAGGGCUGUCUGGAAGAACCAUAUUCAACGAGGUGAUCCUGGUCGUAGGUCACUCUCUCCAACUUGCACGAGUGCCUACCUCAUCAAGGACUGUGCAUCUGCUCUGAGGUGACACACGUUUACUGCCCUUUCGACUAUUACCCGCCCCUGCCCCGUCCUUUAUGGAGUUGCAAUUCGCGCUAUAGUGAGUGUGCGAGAUACUGGUUGUUGCGCAUCUCUUGUGUAGCCGGGCAGCAUGGGCACAGAAGACACGGGCGAAGCAAUGGCCACGCGACUUCGACCUCAAUAUGAGGACCGGACGACAUCUGACGGCAUGCCGGGAACCAAGCAAGAAGCUCGACCUGCAACUCGUUCUCCUCGCGCGGCUAGGUCGCAAAUAAAACGACCAUCGCGACCUCGCCAUAUUUCCACGACGACGACAGCGGGCUUCGUGUCUCAUACCACACCACCUCCAACACCCGGCAGUCCGCCCGCCGACUAUGAACCGUUUCCCGUCAGCCAAUCCCUCUUUCAAAACUACCUGCGUGCUCUGUACGUAUUCGAUCCUGCCACGAGUGCAAUGCCGGACGAAGAUGCGUCGUUGUCGACCGUUCGCAUCAAGCCCGGCGAUCUGAUCCUUAUCCAUGUGGUACAUGCGAACGGCUGGGCUGAUGGAACUGUGCUCAAUACCGGGGAUCGCGGCUGGCUGCCCACAAACUAUUGCGAAGCAUACGAUCACCCAUAUCUGAGGAACCUGCUGCAUGCUAUGACACAAUUUUGGGAUCUGCUGGGCGCAAGCGAAAACGCGAGCUUGUCAACGUUUGUGCAUCAAGAUUAUAUCCGCGGGUUGAUCGCGGGGGUACGAUACCUGCUGGAACGGGCAGACUGCUUGCACAGAGAGGCGCCUACAGUGAAACAACAUGCUGGCAUUCGUAGGAUGCGCAAAGGACUUCUUGCAGACCUGUCAUCCCUGGUCGGCAUUGCCAAGCGAUUACAGGAGACUAUCAGCGAAUCGUUUGCGGCGGAAGUAGUUCAUGUGUUACUGGACGACCUAAUUUCCAAGGCCUUCAAGGUUGUCACACGUGCUGUCAGCUUCUACGACGUCUGGUCACAGGAAACAAGUUGCUCUAUGCACCUCAGACGACAAAGUUUGCAGCGACCCACGACCGGCUUCCAAGGAGGGCCACCUACGAUCGACACGCAAAGUGUGGGCGGCAAGAACACUGUGUCUGCCGUUGACUCUGCCGUACAUUUGCCCCAGCAAGAUGGCAAGCAGGAUGUCAAAGUCGGAGCUCGUCACCAUCGUUCCGAAGGUCGUGAUAAAAUAUCGCUGAGAAGAUCUGCGGUCUUCACCCCUCCGGACGGCAUGGUUGCGCAUCGAUUGUCGUUGGUGACAAAGGAUCGUGUUCGAUCAAGAGAAGGGUCUCUUGCUUCUGAGCAGCUGGCUAAGGUACACGACGUUUGCAUCAGCUAUAUCGCCGCUUUUAUUGGACUUCAUCUUCACUCUCGGCCAUCAGCGGAACUCGUCACCACAACAGAGCGCCUGGUGAAGGCAUGUCGAGACAUGCUUGCGAUUGUUGAGGAAGUCUCUGCUCAUGAUCCACCAAGAUCAACGCCUGUACAGCAAGUCAAAGAGGAGUUCGAAGCCAAACUGGAAGACUUAGCGAACUCCACCAGGGAUGUGUUCAGGUUCUCAGACUCUCCCGACGAGGAUGUUGUGAUGCUACACGACCAGCACCAGCACCUGAUCAAUGUUGGCACGAGCUUGAUUCGCAAUGCUGGAGAUUGUGUCGUGAAGACCCGUCUACUUAUUGAGCAGAUUGGCGACUUCGAGCUGAAGUCGUCUGGGCACUCAACCGCCAGCACGACGAGUGCCGAUGUUCCGGCACGAAUUGACAACAUGACCCUCAAUGAGGCGCAGCGAUCUCAUAGACGCUCGAAGAUGCGGUCUUCCUUGGAUGCAAAGAUGCUGCCACCGCCACCGCCUGUGCCUCGCGAUGACUACACGAUGGUUACCUCUGACGUUCCACUCCCAUCCUCCAUUGAAACUCUCGACUCUACUGCAUUCCCGAUGCCACCCACGGGAGAAUCGCAAAAGUCGUUGCCACCGAUACCUUCGACGCACCGGCAACGCUCUUCGCAGGCGUCGAGUAUGUAUUCUAGUGUGCCUGGGUUAGAGACGUCAAAGGGCCAACCGUCUGUGCAAUCAGAAGCGCAAACUCUGGCUCGCAAAGACAGCGUGGGAAUGUCAAUCGCAGGUUCGACCGAGACGUUCUGUAGCAGUAUGCGUGAUUCUGGCGCUACCGCAGUAUCGCAAGCAUCUACGCGAGCGACAACGCCGGAGAACGCCAAGGAUUCAGUCGCGCCCGACGGUGCGAUGUUGAGGAGCUUCGCCAGCAUCUCCAGCAUGCCGUCAUUGGUGACAGAGGACAGCAUGGAUGUCGAGUCGCAACUCCUGCAAAAGUCAUACAUACUCGAGUUGACACGGAACAAAGAGGGUCAGAUUACUGGCGGCAGUCUGCAGGCUCUAGUGGAGCAGCUCACAGCGCACGAUUUGACCCCCGACCCGCAGUUUGUAGCGGCUUUCUUCCUUACGUUCAGGAAAUUCGCCGAGCCACGUGAACUUGCCCAGGCAUUGAUUCACCGCUUCGAGUACGUCGGUGAUAGUCGGACCACCGGCACACCUGCACGUCUGCGGAUUUACAACUUCUUCAAAGGCUGGCUCGAGACGUAUUGGCAUGCUGAAGCGGAUAAGGACGCCCUCGGCGAGAUUCGGUUCUUCGCACUGCAUAAACUCAAGCCAGUCUUGCCGCAAGCUGGAGACCGCUUGACUGAGCUUACUCGCAGAGUGAGUGAAGGCUAUGCACAAGGGACCCUGAACGGACCUUUGGUGUCAGCUGUCGGCAAGUCCAGCAUGUCAUUCGGGAUUGAUAACGAAAAAGACAUUCCCACCCCCAACAUUACGAACAAGCAGCUCAACGCCCUGCGACUUGCGACUGGAGGUGGCGCUCAAUGCAGCAUACUUGACAUCGAUGCUAUUGAAAUGGCUAGACAGAUCACGAUCAUGAUGAUGACUACUUACUGCGAGAUUCGACCUGAAGAGCUACUCAGCAUGGACUGGGGCAACAGCAAUACUACGACGGCGAAGCACAUACGCAAGAUGUGUUUACUCAACACUGAUCUUGCGAACUUUGUGGCUGAUUCCAUCUUGGGCCCUGACGAUGCCAAGAAGCGUGCCAACGUGAUCAAGCACUGGGCCAAGAUCGGCCUUGCGCUACUGGAACUGAACAACUACGACUCGAUCAUGUCUAUCGUGUGUUCGAUCAACUCGUGUGUCGUGCAAAGACUCAAACGUACUUGGGAACUGGUGAGCAAGAAGACGAGAGCAAGACUUGAAGAGCUCAAUCAGGUCAUAGACAUAUCCAAGAACUACACGAAGCUCCGGCGUAGGCUGGACGCCCCGACGUCGUCAUGUCUUCCUUUCCUGGGCAUCUACCUGACAGACCUGACGUUUGUAGUCGCGGGCAAUUCGAAGCGACGCGAGAUACCUGGCAGUGCCAACGAGAGGGGCGAAGCGGUCUCGGUCAUCAACUUCGAUCUGUACAUGCGCAUGGCCAAGCUCGUCAGCCAUAUGCAACGAUUCCAAGCACCGUAUCGGCUACAAGCGGUACCGGAACUGCAAAGCUGGCUGGAACUGCAACUCAGGCGCAUGCGUGAUGGGACAGAUGCCAUGACGAACAAAUUCCAUCGCCGGAGCACCAUGGUCGAGCCCAAAGAUGUCGACAGAAGGCAUGUUCCGGCGCCGGAGAUACAUGAGGAUCGAAGCAAGCUCGUUGUCAGCGCAUACAGUGACCUUGGUCGAUGGUAUAACCUCAAGAGUGCUACUUUCUCCAUCAGGACACUACCUGGGGUGCACGAGUCGGCCGAUCAGCGGAAACGAGCGGGUGGGAAUUGACAGGAUCGACGAACACAAUAUACGUAAUGUUUGUUUGAAAUAUCGUUCUCCAGCAGGACAUGGUGGGAUAGGAAAAAAAGAGGUUCAUGUUUUAUGAAGAUACCCAUUUUGCGUCAUUUCUGGAUUGGUUUGAUACCAUGAUUGCGAUGGAUACAGGGUAUCUAUGAGAACAUCUCAUUGCCGUCGUCCUGGAGACGAAAUCGCGCGCGAGGCGCCAGAAUCUAUGUUAGGACUGCUUGUAUAGACACAAUGCGUCCAAUCACGAAUCUUUCCCUAGUUACUAUGUAAUAUCUGAUGUGAUGG